GUUUCUAAGAAACGGUAGCAAAACCGUGUAUGUACACUGUUAGUGGAUGGCUGAUUUUGACAUUUUAUCCUAUAGACAGUUAACUGUCGUGUUUAAUGGCGUAUAUUUUUUUGACCAACUCGUUUUGGUUUUGUAUUUUUGAAGAGUUUCAGUUUGUAUAUUAUACAUGUGGGGUUUUUUUUGGUUUUUUUUAAGUCUCCCGUCUCGAUAGCGUAUAUUACAUAGACCUAUUCGUUUGUUUUUGUAUUUGUGAACAGUUGCAGCUCGUGUGGUAUAAAACCAGUGUAACAAUCAACCAGUGUAACAAACAGUAAUUCAACAUGGCUGAACAGACAGACCAAGAAGUGUACUUGUGAACAGUUUUAGCUCGUGUGGUGUACAACCAGUGUAACAAUCAGUAAUUCACCAUGGCUGAAAAAACAGACAAGGAAGUUUGUAGUAUUUGUUUGAGCAACUUUCAGCAACCUGUAAAAGUGGACUGUCACCAUUCGUUCUGUUUCAGUUGUUUAGACGAUUAUGUGAAGAAAACCUCAACUAAUGACCAGUUCAUUUGUCCAUUGUGUCGUUGUUUAAUACAAAUCCCUACUGGUGGCGUUAACCAAUUAAGAUCCAAACCAUACAUUGCGGACCAUUCUCCAAAUAAUAUUCCACAAUGUGAUGUAUGUACUGAAGAUAUAUCUCAAUAUUUUUGUCAAGACUGCGAUCAAUGUUUGUGUAAAUCGUGUAAAACCAUGCAUGAUAAGUUAAAGUCUUGUAAAGACCAUGUUGCUUAUCGAUAUGAUGAAUACCAAAUUGGCCAACAAUCAAGGCCAAAGAACGAAAGUACACCAGUCACUUCAGUCACAGAUCAUAAAGAGUUUUGCCGCCAUCACGAAGGAGAGGAAAUUACAAUGUACUGUAAAGACUGUUCACUAGCCAUGUGUUGGAAAUGUUUCGUGGCCAAUCAUAACGGACACAAUUAUUUAGAUUUACAGGAGGAGGAAGUCAGACAAAAUAUGAGACAGGAUUUAAGAACACUGAAUGAUGAAUUAGAAACACAAAUUAAACGUUUUGAGAAACAUUAUGAUAAUUUGAAUAGUAAACUAAUGGAAGUCAAACAAGUUACAAAAACUGAAUGUGACAGAGUAGAUGCACAGGUGGAUAAAGUCUGCUCAGAAUUUCGUAAAAUUGGAGAAAAUAUUAAAAAGGAAAUGCAAAAAACUAGUGAAGAGGAAGAAUCCAAAUGCCGGAAUUUGAUGGAGGAUAUUAAAAGACUAACAGAAGAUUUAAAAGCUAGUGUUAAAUAUUCAGUCAAUGUUUUAGAAGAUUCGGCCAUUGUUGAAGUUUUGCAAAGAUUACCUAAAGUUAGACAGGAGAAAGAUGAAAGUUGUUGUAGAAAAUUGGAUAUACCUGGUGUAAGAUAUUCAACAUUUCAAGUAGCAGAGAUAGAUAAAACGUUGUUAACUAAUCAACUUGGUAAAAUUGUAAGUUGUCAUCAGAUUAUGAUUGAAGAUAUUUUUACUGUGGAAGGUGUGAGAGGUAGUGGUUGGAAUUAUGGUAAACAACAAGUAGUUUCAGGUUUUACAUGGAGUAUCAGUGUAACUAGAAGCACAUCAUUAUUUGUUGGGUUAAACCUGCAUGACGUGGAAGAUAAAAGUAUUACGUCAUGUAAAGUUGACGUCACAUGUAAAAUUAUAAAUAAAAAUGAUGAUAGACAAUCUGUGGUUAAACAAUGUGUUGAUACUGCCAGACCUGGUGGUGGAUUAUACUGUGGUAAACUUAUUGACCUGUCAUAUGUCAAUGACCCUGACAGUGGAUUUAUUGAUGAUAAUGGAAACUUUACAAUUCAAGUAACAAUUAAUGAAAUUACUGUCAUUGACAGGCGUUAAUAAUUAGGCUACUGUUAUUCUGAUUAAAGUUUACUAAGUACCGUGGGCGAGUAGAAAAUAUAUAUCAAAUUUUUAUGUGAAUGAUAUUCAAGCAAUAGAUAUAGAAAUAAUUAUGUAUGAAACUAUCG